AUGGCCGACGAGAUCGCCAGAAAUCAGCAGUAUGAGUACAGACAGAAUUCCAAUCUUGUACUCCAAGUCGACUACUCCUUGACGGAUCGGAGGGGACGAGAUGAGGCCACCGGAGAGGUGAUGGCGUUGAGUGAUCGAUCGUUACGAGGAACAAAGAUGGGAGACAAAUAUCUACGACAACGUGCACCGAAAGAGGAAAAGAAACAUAAAAAGAAAAAGGAAGAAGAAAAACCUUCUCGUGGUGGAGCAACGAAGGCUUCUCUUUUGUCGGACACACACGACGAAAUGAUGGGGUCCUAUCGACCACGAACACAGGAAACGAGGCAAACGUACGAAGUGAUUCUUGAUUUCAUUCAAGACGCUCUAGGAGAUCAGCCACGCGCAGUUUACUGCGGUGCCGCCGAAGAGGUGCUCAGUGUGUUGAAGUCGGAAAAGAUUCGAGAGCAAAACAAGAAGAAAGAAGUGGAGGCUUUCCUGGGCCCUCUAUCUGAUGAGCGAACAGCACUAUUGAUCAACUUGGCUCGCAAGAUCACCGAUUUCUCAAUUGAUGAGGAAAACCAAGAACAGGAUGAGAUUGAUGAAAGCGAGGGCGUGAACGUGCAUUUUGACUCUGAGGAAGAGCAAGAUGAUAUGGCGGAUGAAAUUAGACGUGACGAUGAGCAAAGUGAUACGGAUGAAGAUGGGCAAGAAGCUGAGUACUCGGAGACGCUCAAAGCCAGAGAAGGAAUCGAUGCUGAAGAGGAGGAGGGCCGUCGGCGCCGUGGCGAACUUCAUGCACGUGACAUUGACGCCCACUGGAUUCAACGAUCACUCGGCAAAUACUUUGACGACCCGAUUAUUGCUAACGAGAAAGUCAAAGAUGUUAUUUCGAUUCUGCGAGAUGCUCCUGAUGACAGAAAGUGCGAAAAUGACCUCGUGUUACUGCUUGGCUUCGAAGCUUUUGAGUUCAUCCGUAAGUUGCGCUCUCAACGUCAUUUGAUUCUCUGGUGCACCCUCUUGAAGCAGGCUUCUCCGGAAGAAAGACCAUUGCUCGAAGAAAAGAUGCGAGCUGACCCUGAGCUACACUAUAUUAUUGGACAAUUGGAAGAAACUGAUGCAAAUAUUGUGGAAACGGAGCGGGAAAAGAGAUCGAAAGCUUCGACAAAGAGAGCCAAUGAGGCUGCUGCGGAAGAUGCGGUGAUGGCAGGAACCUGGAUGAACCAGCGCAAACAAUUGGACCUUGAUGAGCUGACUUUCCACCAAGGAAGUCAUUUGAUGAGCAAUAAAAGUUGUACUCUCCCAGCUGGUUCAUUCCGUCAACAAAAGAAGAGUUACGAGGAAGUUUGUGUGCCUGCGUUAAAACCAAAGCCUUUUGAUCCAAACGAAAAACUUGUUGCCAUCACGGACUUGCCGGAAUUCGCACAGAAGGCUUUUGAGGGAUACAAAUCGUUGAAUAGGAUCCAGUCGAGACUUUGCAAGUCGGCGCUUGAAACGGAUGAACACUUGUUGCUUUGUGCUCCAACGGGAGCUGGUAAGACAAAUGUUGCUGUUUUGACGAUUCUCCGAGAAGUUGGAAAACAUUUGAACGAAGAUGGAAGUGUUCGGCUGGAUGAAUUCAAGUGCAUCUACGUGGCCCCAAUGAAGUCGUUGGUACAAGAGAUGGUCGGCAGCUUCACAAAACGUUUAGAGCCAUACGGAAUUACGGUUGGUGAAAUGACUGGAGACGCCCAGAUGAACAAGGAGCAAUUCAUGGCAACCCAAGUGAUCGUUUGCACGCCAGAGAAAUACGAUAUUGUGACAAGAAAAGGCGGAGAAAGAGCGUACAACCAAAUGGUUAAGUUGUUGAUUCUUGACGAAAUCCAUUUGUUACACGACGACCGUGGACCAGUGCUUGAAGCUUUGGUAGUGAGGACUUUGCGUCAAAUGGAGCAGAAUCGAGAUGAGGUUCGUCUUGUGGGACUCUCAGCCACGUUGCCUAACUACACCGACGUUGCGCACUUCCUUCGUGUGAACAAGGAACACAUCUACCACUUCGAUAACAGUUAUCGCCCGGUACCACUGGAACAACUAUACAUUGGAAUCACGGAGAAGAAAGCUUUGAAACGGUUUCAGGCAAUGAACGAUGUUGUCUACGAGAAAAUCAUGGAACUUGCAGGCAAAAGUCAAGUGCUUGUGUUUGUACACUCAAGGAAGGAGACUGCAAAAACCGCCAAAGCUAUUCGUGAUGCUUGCCUCGAGAAGGAUACACUCUCGUUGUUCAUGAAAGAAGGCUCGGCGUCAACGGAGAUUCUGCGAACUGAAGCUGAAAACGUGAAAAACACUGACCUCAAGGAUCUUCUCCCAUACGGAUUCGCCAUUCACCACGCUGGAAUGACUCGAGUCGACAGGACACUUGUAGAGGAUUUGUUUGCUGAUCGGCAUUUGCAGGUGCUUAUUUCGACGGCCACUCUUGCUUGGGGAGUCAACUUGCCUGCCAACACUGUCAUCAUCAAGGGUACGCAGAUCUACAACCCGGAAAAGGGACGCUGGACUGAACUUGGAGCGUUGGAUGUAUUGCAGAUGCUUGGACGUGCCGGGCGGCCUCAGUUCGAUUCGAAGGGCAAAGGUAUCCUGAUCACGCAUCACUCUGAAUUGCAAUACUAUCUAUCGUUGAUGAAUCAACAGCUGCCCGUUGAAUCGCAAAUGAUCUCGAAGUUGACGGACAUGUUGAACGCUGAGAUUGUUCUCGGCACAAUCAAUAAUGCUGCUGAUGCGGUCACUUGGAUCAAGUACACGUUCCUCUAUGUGCGGAUGGUGAAGAACCCGAAGUUGUACGAGAUAAAUGCUGAACCUGGAAGGGAAGACGAGGCUUUGGAGCAAAGAUGUGCUGACCUGGUGCACACGGCUUGUGUACAACUCGACAAGGGAAGUCUCAUCAAAUACGAUAAAAAGACUGGCGCCAUUCAGCCCACUGAACUUGGACGCAUUGCUUCACACUACUACUGUACUUUUGACUCGAUGCAGACUUACAAUUCAUUGCUCAAGCCAACUGCCACCGAAAUCGAUCUUUUCAGAAUCUUCUCGUUGUCUUCGGAAUUCAAGCUGAUCGCUGUUCGCGAAGAAGAGAAACUGGAGUUGCAAAAGUUGGCCGAACAUGUCCCGAUUCCGAUCAAAGAAAGCUUGGAGGAGACAUCAGCAAAGACAAACGUUUUGCUGCAGGCUUACAUCUCUCAACUGAAACUUGAUGGAUUCGCACUUCAAUCGGACAUGGUUUAUGUGGCUCAAUCAGCUGGUCGGCUGUUUCGAGCGAUUUUCGAGAUUGUUUUGUGGAGAGGCUGGGCUCAACUUGCGCAGAAAAUUCUCGGAUUGUGCAAAAUGGUCAAUCAACGCCAGUGGCAAUCACUCAACCCACUGCAUCAAUUCAAGAAGAUCCCAUCGGAAGUGGUUCGCAGCAUCGACAAGAAGAACUACUCGUUUGAUCGUCUCUACGAUUUGGAUCAAGUGCAGUUGGGCGAAUUAAUCAAGAUGCCAAAAAUGGGUCGGCCCCUCUACAAAUUCAUUCGACAGAUCCCAAAGCUUGAGAUGACCACCCUCAUCCAGCCAGUCACACGAUCGACACUUAAGAUUGAGCUCACGAUUACGCCGGAUUUCGUUUGGGAUGAAAAAGUUCACGGAAACGCCGAAGGAUUCUGGAUUUUCAUUGAAGAUGUCGACGGCGAAACUAUUCUGCAUCAUGAGUAUUUCUUGUUGAAACAAAAAUUCUGCGGCGAUGAGCACUUGGUGAAGAUGUAUGUGCCGGUAUUUGAUCCACUUCCACCACUCUACUUCGUGCGCAUUGUUAGUGACAAAUGGCUUGGCUCGGAAACGGUCCUGCCCAUAUCAUUCCGUCACCUCAUUUUGCCCGAGAAGUACCCACCACCCACCGAACUUCUCGAUUUGCAGCCACUCUCGAUCUCGAAUCUCAGCAAUCCACUCUUCGAGCAAGUCUUCCAAGAGAAGAAAAUCAGCACCUUCAACCCCAUUCAAACACAAAUAUUCCGUACUGUUUUCGAGGGAAAAGACAAUGUGCUCAUUUGUGCUCCGCAAGGAUCUGGAAAGACGGCUUGUGCCGAAUUGGCCAUUUUGAGACACUUCGAAAACUCACCGGAUGCUCGUGUUGUUUAUGUUGUACCGAAUGAAGAUCUGGCAACGAAGCUUUAUGAGGAUUGGUCAAAUAGACUCGGAAAACUUUUGGAAAAGACUGUGGUCAUGUUGACUGGAGAACCAACGCUUGAUCAGAAGCUACUGGCUAAAGGAUGGUUGAUUGUGUCAAUUCCGGAGCAUUGGGAUGCAGUCUCUCGACGUUGGAAGCAACGUAAAGCUGUGCAAAACGUGCGACUCUUCAUUGUCGAUGAUUUGCACAUGAUUGGUGGAACAAAUGGGCCUGUCAUGGAAGUUGUGUGCUCGAGAAUGCGUUACAUGGCCUCACAAAUGGACGCUCAAUUGAGAAUCAUCGGCCUAUCUUCAUCACUGGCCAAUGCAAAGGAUAUUGGUGCCUGGCUUGGAUGUCCUACUGGAUCAGUUUUCAAUUUUCCUCCCAGCUGUCGUCCUCUACCACUUGAGAUUUAUCUUCAGGGUUACAACUUGUCACAUAAUGCUUCUCGUCUUGCUGCGAUGGUGCGACCAGUCUACACAGCGGUGUCACGACAUGGAGGAAAAUUGCGCCCAAAGCCGGCUCUCAUUUUUGUGCCCGGGCGACAACAAACUCAUGCAACUGCUUUGGAUUUGAUCACUAUGGCCCAUGGAGAUAACUCACCACAAAGGUUCUUGCACAUUUCCGAACAUGACAGUGACUUCAGGAAAAUUGUGGAGAAUAUUCAGGACAAGGCACUUCGUGAGACGUUGUUGAGCGGUGUCGGAUUUGUGCAUGAAGGAACUUCGCCAAAGGACGUACUCGCCGUUCAAGCUUUAUUCAAUUCGGGAGCUAUUCAGGUGUGCAUUGUGCCACGAACGAUGUGCUAUCAAAUCAACAUGCAAGCCUAUGUCGUGAUCAUUAUGGACACACAAUUUUACAAUGGUCGUUAUCACGUUUACGAGGAUUAUCCAAUCGCUGAUGUGCUUCAUAUGGUUGGAUUAGCAAAUCGCCCUGAUAAAGAUCAAGACGCCAAAUGUGUUCUCAUGUGUCAGUCGUCGAAGCGUGAUUUCUUCAAGAAAUUCUUAUUUGAACCGUUGCCAGUCGAAAGCCAUUUGGAUCAUCAACUUCAUGACCACUUCAACGCCGAAAUUGUCACUAAAGUCAUCGAGAAUAAACAGGAUGCCAUUGAUUAUCUCACUUGGACGUUCCUCUAUCGCCGAAUGACGCAAAAUCCAAACUACUACAACUUGCAAGGUGUCACCCAUCGACACUUGUCUGAUGCGCUUUCAGAAUUGGUGGAGAAUACGCUAAAGGAUCUUGAGAAUUCAAAAUGUAUUGCGGUGAAAGAUGAAAUUGAUACGGUGCCUCUGAACUUGGGAAUGAUUGCUGCAUAUUAUUAUAUCUCAUACACAACACUUGAACUCUUCUCCUUGUCCCUGCAGCCAAAGACAAAAAUGCGAGCAUUGUUGGAGAUCCUCUCGUCGGCGCACGAGUUUUCCGAGAUCCCGAUGCGUCAUCGUGAAGAUUUGAUCUUGAAACAACUUGCCUCUCGUCUACCAAAUCAAUUGAAGAAUCAGAAAUUCACUGAUCCGUCCGUCAAGGUAUGCCUCCUCUUGCACGCUCAUCUAUCAAGAAUAAAACUCUCUGCCGAACUCAACAAAGAUACGGAACAGAUUGUCCUGAAAGCGGUGCGAUUGGCUCAGGCGUGCGUUGAUGUGUUGAGUAGCAACGGAUGGUUGUCGGCGGCUAUUCAUGCAAUGGAAUGCUGCCAAAUGUUGACACAGGCAAUGUACUCAUCGGAAAGUUAUCUUCGGCAACUACCCCACGCCUCGGCGUCGCUUAUUGAGAGAGCUAAAGAAAAGAAAGUGGAGACAAUCUUCCAACUUCUCGAGAUCGAAGAUGAUGAUGAGCGAAACGAGAUUUUGGGAAUGGAUACAGCAAUGCUUUCGGAUGUUGCUCGUUUCUGUAACAACUACCCGGCAAUCGAGAUUGAACAUUCGGCUGUGAAGAGUGGUGAGCAAGUGACGAUCAACGUUUCGUUGGAAAGAGAAAAUGUAGAUGAAAAUGGAUUGGCUCCAAAGGUGAUCUGCCCGUUGUUCCCACAAAAGCGCAAAGAAGAGGGUUGGUGGUUGAUUGUCGGCGAUGAUUCGGACAACAAUGAGCUUCUCUCCAUCAAACGGUUGACUGUCAAUGAAAAGGCGACAGCUCAACUCGAGUUCACGGUGAAAUCGUUGUCGAAACGCAACCUGAAGCUCUUCUUCAUCUCGGACUCGUACUUGGGCGCUGAUCAGGAGUUUGAAAUCGAUCUCAAAGCUGAUGAAGGUCGUGCCCGUAAGCGCAGACGUGAGGACGAC